AAUUCAAGCGAGGUCGUCUUCUACCUCGCGCUCUGGCUUGCAGACAGCGGCGCUUCUUCGCGCCUUCCACGCCUCCCCACGCCUCGCUACGCUAAGAGCGCAACAAGCUAAACAUCCAUACGCCUAAGGCGAUUUCCCUCCGCCUCGCUCCGACUCGCGCUCCGAAGCGCUUUUAGGCAUGCUUUUGAAAACACUGAUUGAAACUAAGGCCAGGAAAGUCAUAUCAAUCUCAUUACUUAGAAAUUCUUUGAGGUCCCGGUGGAGCUGGGAUUCUGGUGCUUGAGGUCCCGGUGGGAUUUCCUUUGUGGGAGUGGUAGUUGGAGUGGCACCAGUGGUUGAGAGAGAGAGAGAGAGCUGGAAGAGGAUAGGCUUCCCUUUUCGUGUGGGUGUUAAUAAUGUUUGCUUCAACUUCUGUAAGAGCCGCUUCUCGCUCUUCUCCGAGUGCUAUAAAAAGGGGCUCUUUUGUCUGGUUCAGUUGUCUAGCACAAAAUGUUUUCGAUCUCUCCUUGCCAACCAUAACACGUUUUAGACAGUCUCUUUCUUGCAAUAUGUGUAUGCAAAGGCAAAGAUACAGUGUAUUGACGUCUUUCUUAGAAGUUCCAUGUGUAUCCUCCUCAUUUGAUUCUUCAUUGGUGCGGAGAUCAAAUAUUGUUGAGUGUCAAAGUGUUCUUAGAAACUGUCUGCCUGCUAGGUGCAUGAGUAGUACAUCAAUUGAGCUGAAGACAAACAAUGAUGUUGUGAGGUUUUCAUUUGGUAAGCCACUUGAUAAAACUGGUUCCUCGACCAAAGGGAAGAAGAUGGCCAAACGAGCUGAAGUGUCCAAGAAGGCCAAACUGAAUGAACUGCGAUUUUACCGUCUAAAGGCCAAGAAGAAGAUGAAUUCUCCAAAUCCAGAAGUUAGAAUUAGAUACAAACUUGAAAAGGCAAAACGAAAGGAAGCAUGGUUGAUUGAGAAGUUGAUGAAAUUUGAGGUUGCCAAAGCCCCUGCUGAUAUACAUGAUCCUGAAAUUUUAACUGAAGAAGAAAAACAUUAUCUUAAGAGAACUGGUGAGAAAAAGAAGAAUUAUGUCCCAGUAGGAAGGCGGGGAGUUUUUGGAGGUGUGGUUCUAAAUAUGCAUCUGCAUUGGAAGAAGCAUGAGACAGUAAAGGUUAUUUGCAAGCCUUGUAAGCCAGGACAGGUUCAGGAAUAUGCUCAAGAGCUUGCUAGACUGAGUAAAGGCAUUGUGAUUGACAUAAAAUGUAAUAAUACUGUAAUUUUCUACCGGGGAAAGAACUAUGUUCAGCCGAAAGUAAUGUCACCUACGGAUACACUAUCUAAAAAUAAGGCCCUGGAAAAAUAUAAGUAUGAGCAGUCGCUUGAACAUACAAGUCAGUUCAUUGAAAAACUGGGGAAAGAACUGGAAGAGUAUCACAAGCACCUUGCUCGAUUUAAGAAAGUAAAUGAGAAUGCAACACAAGAUUCUUUGAUCAACACAUGAAUGGUAAGCUUGCCAGUUAAACCUUCUUGCAAAUCCCAACUCUCCUCUGCAGUCGCACAAAAUUUUGCAAGGGACGGUGAUUGGCAAAAGCUCCAAAAUCUGAGUAUCUGAAGUGCUACCACAAAAUCUGAUAUUGUGCCUUGCAUGUGUUCUUUGGUCUCUCUCUCUCUCUCUCUCUAUAUAUAUAUAUAUGUGUGUGUGUGUGUGUGUGUGUGUGUGUGUUAAGGAUGUCCUUAUUGUAAGAAAAGUGCAUGCAUCCUUCAUAGGGCUAGGUCACAAUGCAUUUCAACGAUCAGGCCAUCUAUAUUUUAGGUUAUACUUCAAGAGUUAUCCCUGCAAUCUGGCAGGUGCAGGUUAUGAACAAUAAUUACAACGCUGAAGAUGGUAAUGCAAAUGCAAGGAAUGAGAGUGACUUGGGAAAAAUUUCAGACUUAUAAGCCACCCUUAUUUAAUGGGGCUCCUAGUUCAUCAUUAAAGGCUGAAGCAUGGAUCAUGCAAAUUGAAAACAUAUUUGAUGCCAUGGGAUGUUUUGAGUGGAAAAAGGUUAUACUUGCUGCCUUUAUUUGUGCUUGAAUGGGAGGGUUAUUUGAAGAUAAUAUUAUUGCUUAUUUCUAGUUUUCUGUAUGUC